AUGACAGUACGGUCGGAUUUUUCUCCAUGUCAAGCAGUUCUUAUUGUGGUGUCCAUUCUGAUAGCACUGAAGAUUCUCCUCAUUCCGACUUAUGCUUCGACGGAUUUAGAGGUUCACCGUAAUUGGUUGGCCAUCGUCCAUAAUCUACCACUUUCUGAAUGGUACUAUGACUCGACCUCUGAAUGGACCCUCGAUUAUCCGCCAUUUUUCGCAUACUUCCAGAAGGCCCUGGCAACGAUAGCCUUCUUCUCUGGGUUUCAAGAUAUCUUGAUUCUCCAGAAAGGUGCGCUGUUCAACAGUCGAGUUCUUCAUUUCCAACGGUUAUCUGUGAUUGUAACGGAUGCGUUUUAUGUAAACUCAGCACUCAUUUACUGCGUACUGUUGAACUUCAAACAUAUUUAUCUCUAUUAUGCUCCAGCAUACGUCGUCUUCUUUCUCCGGUGUUACUUUUUCCGUGGUACAGGAGAUUCGUUUGAAUUCAGUGGUUUUUUGAGCCUAGGUAUAUUCAUAUUCAGUGAUGAUAACCUUUUCCAGAGCUAUUUCAUCGGAGUUAUUGUUCGAACAAUUUUAGCUUUUUUACUUUUAACAGGUUUAAAACUCACAGCUUCUAUCGCUGCACCAUUGAUUUUAUCCUUCGGACCUUUCUUAACUUCAGGAGGUUAUCAAAGUCUCGUGCAAAUAUUAAGCCGAUUGUUCCCAAUUUCUCGAGGGCUCACACAUGCCUACUGGGCACCGAAUUUCUGGGCUAUAUAUAACGUCAUUGACCUUUUUCUAUACCGAGUUUUAUCCAUUUGGUGGCCUGAUUUGUUUAGCGCGCCAACAUAUUGUUCUGGGAUUGUUCAGGUGUACAAUCACUCGGUACUGCCGUCUAUAACUUCGUUGCUUUCUUUGGCUUGUGUGUGCGCUUCACUAACUCCUUUAUUCUUCACGCUCUUGAAGCGAAAAGUACCGGAUUUGUGCACGUUGUUGUCGCUUAGUGCUUUCUCAUUCUUCUGGUUUGGAUAUCACGUCCAUGAAAAGGCCCUAUUGCUGAUAGUGAUUCCACUGUUAUGUUUGGCAUUCACAGAUCCUAAAUUCAUGCGGCUGGCCGUCCUAUUCUCUAUUAUCACAGCAACAUCACUCUUCCCGCUAUUGUUUACGACUUUUGAAAUCUAUAUCAAAUACGUUCUAUCUGUGACCUACAUAAUCUUGCUGUUGAUAAUGUUCAGUGAUGAUGUCAUAGUGAUGUACAAGAAGAAACGUUGUGAACUGAUAGAGGCUUUAAUAAAAGAGGGUUACUAUCCUGUGCAAGCUGUUGAUUCCUUUGAAGAGAUUGAAUUGCUUCUUGCGCUUUUCGAUGAAGUUGUGAUAGUAGAAGAACCAUACAUUACGGAUUAUUUGGCAGUACGCGAAGCCACACCAUUUGCGGAACUUAUAAAUCGAGUUGUCGCAGACCACCCGCAAUUCCGACCAGACGUAAUAAUCUGCGACGGGAAUGGUCAAUUUCAUGUCAGAGGGUGCGGACUAGCAUGUCAUGUUGGCGCGUUGACUGGGAUAGCUACGAUUGGUGUCGCAAAAAAUCUCAACCUCUCUCUACUUAAAUCACUUGAAAGAAGCGAUGAUGUUGAGAAGAUGUUCAAAGAGGUAACGGUUCGGAAUAAGUUGAGGCUGUUGUAA